AGUUCAAAACUCCUUGGAACUACCCAGUACAUUAUGUCAGCUGUCAAUGACACCAAAUUCAGAUCUGUUGUGUUCCUUCUCACCGGCAUACCUGGGCAGGAAUACCUCCAUCUCUGGAUCUCUAUUCCUUUCUGCUUUAUAUAUGUUAUCUCAAUAUUAGGAAAUUCAGUCAUUCUGUUCAUUAUAAAAACAGAUCCAAGCCUUCAUGAACCCAUGUACAUUUUCCUUUCCAUGUUGGCUAUCACUGACUUUGGGUUAUUGAUAUCCACCAUACCAACGAUACUGGGCAUAUUCUUGUUUAACUCUAGGGAGAUCAGCCUCGAUGCCUGUUUUACCCAGCUGUUCUUCAUCCACUCGCUUGCAAAAAUUGAAUCCUCCAUGCUGUUACUGAUGGCCUUUGACCGCUUCAUCGCAAUCUGUAACCCACUGAGAUAUGCUGCCAUCUUAACUACACCGAGAAUAGCCAAGAUGGGGUUGGUGUUUGUGAUAAGAGGGGUGGCCGUAGCAUUACCAUUCCCCAUUCUUCUGAAACGGUUCCGAUACUGUCGAGCCAACGUACUCUCCCAUUCCUACUGUCUGCACCAGGACAUCAUGAAAUUGGCUUGUUCAGAUAUCAGAGUCAACUACAUCUAUGGCUUGUUUACUACACUCUUCACGUUUGGGUUGGACUCACUGCUCAUCUUCCUCUCUUACAUGAUGAUCCUCAAAACAGUGCUGAGCAUCGCAUCCCACGCGGAGUGCCUCAGGGCCCUGAACACCUGCGUCUCCCACCUCUGUGCCGUCCUGCUCUUCUACACACCAAACAUUGGCUUGGCUGUGACACACAGAUUCGGGAAUAGCUCUUCUCACUUGCUUCAGAUUCUCCUGGGCUACAUCUACCUGCUGGUCCCACCCCUGAUGAACCCAAUCGUUUACAGCGUGAAAAGCAAACAACUUCGUGCGAGGAUAAUCAGGGCAUUUGUCAAGUGA